AUGCAUAAUCUUGGAGCUAAGGUCAGAAGUGGCAAGAUUUGGAGCAAAGCACUUGAUGAUGCAAUUGUGAGUUAUGGGAAGGACAUCCAAAUUCACUUUGCGGGGCAUGGAAUGGUUCUUUUUGGGAAUGAGAGAAUCAACAAGUUCUGGCGAACCAAAAGAGAUUUGUACAAGCACAUCCACGACCAGACACUGCGAUAUGCCAACAAGGGUUAUAACAUGACUGAAAUUGCCGAGUUUGUGAGACUUCCCGACAGUCUCAAUAAAAAGAGGUGUUGCAGAGGACUGUAUGGCUCACUUAAUCACAACAUCAAAUCACAAUAUCAAUUAUACCUUGGAACAUAUGACAGCAAUCCAGCACACUUGGACGAACUUCCACCACGCGAACUUGCAGUGAAGUUUGUAGAGGCGUUUGGUGGUGUUGAAAAGACACUUGAAAUUGGACAAGACGCUUACAACAAAGGCGAAUACCGAUGGGCAGCAACAGUCUUGAAUCACUUGGUAUUUGCAGAUGUCAACAACAAGAAGGCACGCGAACUGCUUGCUACAACAUACGACCAACUGAGUUACGUUGCCGAGUGCGCAAGUUGGAGAUACAACUACCAAACAGCCGCUUACGAGUUGAGAAAUUUGAACGACAAGAAACCACGAGACUUCAGUUUCCCAAUUGAGGCGAUUCCAAUGAGAGACUUUGGGGACUUCCUUGCUGUUCAUGUUGAUCCAAAUGUGAUAGAAGGACUUGAUUGCAAAAUCAGAAUAGAAGACACAAACAACAAAGAAUCAGCAAUACUUGUCAUUUGCAACUCUACAAUUAACUCAAGAGAUGGUGGUGAUGAGUACGAUGGAGAGAUUAAAGGAAGUAAACAAGACUUAGUAGACAUCUUCAUGAGAAAGCAGAAACUCGACGAGUUGAUUGAGUAA